AUGUCAACCAAUUGGAAUAUUGUUGAUGAAAUUCGUCUGUUACGGUGGGUAUCUGAGUUUAAACCUGCUGGAGUACAUAAACAUUUCCAAAUGAUGUGUAUAGUGGAACGAUUGAAUCAUCCAGAUAAAUAUCCAUUAGUCUUGUUACAGAAAGAAAAUAGACGACCUAAUAAACAAUUUACAGUGGAGACUGUUUGGGCUAAAUUAGCACAAUAUUAUAAUUUAGAAGAAGCUGAUAAGAUAGAAGAUAGAAAUAAUACAGAAAUUAAUAGCGACUCUAAUGCUAAAUUGAUUGAAGGAAAUGGUACAGGAGAUGAUCAACAACAAUUAAAUCAAUUAUUACAACAUACAAGAGAUUUUGCUUUACCAUGGAAUGAAUAUGGUGAAUUAAUUUUAAAUAAUGCAAGAAAGGGUGCAAGUGAUGAUGAAAGUGAUAGUCCGAGAAGUGUUAAAAUAGCAGAAGAAACAAUAAUAACUAAGGAUGAAGUGAAACCGAUGGAGGAAACUUCUGAAGCGCUAAAGCAAACUUUGGUAGAAACAGAAGGUACCAAUACCGUUAUAAAUGAAUCCCAAAUCGAGCCCCAGAAGGAAACUCCUGUUAUUGUCACAGAGACAACUGAGAAAGAAUCUUCAAUAGAAAUUCAAAAGGAGGUACCUAGUGAAGCAGAAGAAGAAGAUAAUGGUAAAAGUGUUACAAAAAUUCAAAAUAAAGAAGAAAAUAAAGAGGAGAACAUUAAGCCGAAAAAUAAACCUGAUACACAAGUUGAUAUAAAAGCUGAGACACAACCAAUAGAGGAAACUGUUUCAACGACAACUAAGACGAUUGAAGAAACUGAAUCCUCCGAGGAACCUGUUGAAUCUCCUGUAGAUGUAAAAUCACAAGAAGUCAAUGAUGAGAAAAUUACAGAAUCUCAAACUGCACAUGUAGAAACAAUAGAUAAAGAUACACAAGCUAUAAAAGAACCAGAAGAAGAACAAACGACGGAAGAUUCUAAGACAAAGAAGAAAGAGGAACCAAUCGCAACUGAAAAGAGACAAACCAGAUCAGCGAGUACAAUACGAGUAUCGUCACGUCUACGUAAAAAGGCAGAGAAGGAUGUAAAUGAUGAGGAUGAGGAUGAAAACAUAGAAACCGCAGGUGAAUCUGUUGAUCAUAAGGACGCCAUAGACAAAACAACUCCCAUUGAAGAAAAUACAGGUGAAUCGAAAGAUACAAAACGUGAUGAGCACGAAGUGGUUGGAUCAUCAGAAGAAGAAGAAGAAGAAGAAGGAGAAGAAGAAGGAGAAGAAGAAGGAGAAGAAGAAGGAGAAGGAGAAGGAGAAGGAGAAGGAGAAGGAGAAGGAGAAGGAGAAGAUAAUGAUAAUGAUAAUGAUAAACCUCCUAAAAAACGUAAAGCUGCAAUCAGUGAUGAACCUAUGGCUAAACGUACCAGACACUCUUCCUCGGCAAGACAACCAAGAAAUGAUGAAUCUCGUGAAGAAACAUCUCCAAAGAAGGUCAAACGUAAAAAUUCAACUACUAAUACAGAAACACCUGAAAAACCUUUAAGGGUCUCUCGAAGACUAAGAAGUCGAAAAUAA